AUGGCAUCCUGUAUAUUUUUCUGCGAUAGCAAGGGAAAGACUAUACUCUCAAGAAGGUAUCGCAAUGACGUUCCGCCAUCAGCCAUCGAAAAGUUCCCUGCACUGUUACUUGAGGCGGAGCAAGAAUCAAGUGUGAUUCCACCAUGUUUGACGCACAAUGGUGUACAGUAUCUUUUCAUCCAGCACAACGACAUCUACGUGCUUACGAUGAGUUGUUCGCUAUCACUCAAUGUGGCCCAAGUGUUCUCCUUCCUAUACAAACUUGUUGAUGUACUGGCAGAAUAUGUGAAAACUGUGCAAGAGGAAUCUAUCAGAGAUAAUUUUGUGAUAAUUUAUGAACUUCUGGAUGAGAUGUUGGAUUUUGGAGUCCCGCAAAUUACUGAGACCAAGAUGCUCAAACAGUACAUUACUCAGAAGUCUUUCAAGCUUAUCAAGUCCGCUAAGAAAUCGAAGAACGUUGUUAGGCCACCUUCUCAAUUGACUAACUCCGUAAGCUGGCGACCAGAGGGCAUCACGUAUAAGAAGAACGAAGCGUUUUUGGAUGUCGUUGAAUCGAUCAAUAUGCUUAUAGCUGCCAACGGACAAGUCCUGCGGUCAGAAAUUCAGGGCAAAAUCAAGGUUAAAUCCCACUUGUCGGGUAUGCCAGAUUUGAAACUUGGGCUUAAUGACAAAGGUAUUUUUACAACUGAUGAUUCGGGCUCUAAAAUGGGCGCAUCCAGCAAAGGGCCCAGCAUAGAAUUGGAGGAUAUCAAAUUUCACCAGUGCGUUCGUUUGAGCAAGUUCGAAAAUGAGAAAAUUAUCACAUUCAUACCACCUGACGGGGACUUUGAUCUAAUGAACUAUAGACUUUCGUUACCUAUCAAGCCAUUAAUCUGGUGCGAUGUCAAGAUUAAAGUCCAUUCACAGUCCAGAAUCGAAAUUCAUUGCAGGGCAAAAGCACAGAUCAAAAAGAAAUCCGCAGCCAAUAAUGUAGAGAUUCUGAUACCUGUUCCAGAAGACGCAGAUUCUCCUAAAUUCCGUUAUUCGCACGGAUCUUUAAAAUACGUUCCGGAAAAAAGUGCGAUUCUUUGGAAAAUCAAGACCUUCAAUGGGGGCAAAGAGUAUUCAUUUGCGGCUCAACUGGGACUUCCUUCAAUGAACGACAUAGAAGUUCCUAAGGCCAAACGACCCAUCGAGGUCAAGUUUCAGAUUCCUUACUUUACGACGUCUGGAAUUCAGGUGCGUUAUCUCAAGGUUCAUGAACCAAAAUUGCAAUAUCAAAGCUACCCCUGGGUUAGAUAUAUAACUCAGAGCGGCGAUGAUUACACCAUUAGAACCGCAUAA